GACUCUGGAAGCUCUGUGUCAGGAAUAUUACUUUCGGUUUUGUUUUUACAUAAAUCUCGCUGAACCUGCAGUGAUUUAUGAAAUUUAGACACACAGCAUGUAAGAGUCAUGCAGAACUUUUACAAUGUUCAAAUGCUUGAAUCUGCUGCUGUUUUGCCUCAUCGAUCAUAGCGGUCAGUGUCAUUUUUGUUUAUAAAUUCUAACUAUUUUUGGAUUUUCAGUUACAGCUAGAGUUGUUCUAGUUACUUGUUUUUCUAUUGCACCACUAAGUUAAGUUAUUUUGUCGGCAUUUAUGGAUUUUUGGUGAAAAUUUCUCAGCAUCAUCACACAAUAACAUCCUUGACUUAUCUUUACAGUUCAUUACAUUUAAUUUAUUAUUAAACAUUGUCUAGAAACUCACUACAGCUGCACUGACACAUCUGCUCUAGCUUUGUGUUAUUGUCAUGAAUGAGGCUUGUUUGAGAGCUCAGAAAGACCAACAUGACAUAUAAUAAGAAAAUCUCUAUUUAUGAUGACAUUGAUUACAGAGAAUAAACAGAGAUGCCACAUUUAUUUUUCAGUAUUGACACGUUGUAUUAAAUGCAUCUGUAUUUGCAGAACAGAUGACUAACGUCAUGUGAAUUUGAGUCUAAAAAGUCUAAAAAGAUUUCUGACAUUAGUUUAAACAAUCUGUCAGAAAAUAUCCCUGUUUGUCAGAAGAAAAACUGUAGUUGCAGAGUCUGUAAGAAAGGAGCGCGUGACGUCGUCUUCAAGGAUCUGAGCUUCAGUGAUGCUGGGACGUAUAUUUUGCAUGUCUAUUACCAUAAUGAUCAGACAGAGCUGGAGCGACAAAUCAGGACGUACCAACUUCAUAUUCAUGAUGAGAUCUCUGUGAAAACAGGUGAGGAGCACAAGUUAGAUGUUCUUUCCAAUGCUAAUCAAGUAGUGCACUGCACCAAAAACAGAACAAAGUGCAGGAGGUUUGGAGCAGAAGCAGCGGAGCUCAGAGUGACCAGCUGACCGACACUGAUGGGUCUCUGACCAUUAAAGAGUUUACAGCCAAUGAUGCAGGAACAUACAGAGCUCUGGACCAUGAAGGAGAAAUCUUGAUCACAGUAACAGUCGCAGAAUGUAGUACAGAAUCAAAAGACAAACUGGACGACACAGAUACACACAAAACUGAACUACGUACUGUUUGGGUUUGGGUUUUGAUUGUUGGACUGACUGUGUUUGUGGUUCUGGCUCUGAUGAUACACACACGUCUGAAUAGAAGAGUUUUGUACUAAGGGACCCAAACUGUACAAGGGUCCAGAACACCUAACGAUGCCGCUGACCGAGCAACAUAUCUACAGAGAUUCUAUCAACAUUUUCUUCUACACAUAUGUAAUUUACAAAACAUAUGAACAUUUGGGCCGCUCUUUACAUCAGGAUUCAGUUUGUUAUCAGGAUUCAGUUCAGUUAACAAGGCCUGGACUGGAAGGGAAAACAAUGGCAGAAUCUCCACCAACAUCCACAGAAUCAAGCAGAACCAGGAGGCAGAGUAUAGUUGAACCUCCAUCCUCACCCAGACUCUACCUCCAGCGGCCCCCAGUUAUGACAUCCUCCAUUAGUUCACUGACUGAGGAGCUUCGGUGUUCGAUAUGUCUGGAGGUGUUCACUGAUCCGGUCACGACUCCAUGUGGACACAACUUCUGCAAGAUCUGUCUGAAUAAGUGCUGGAACAACAGCCAGACCUGCAGCUGUCCAUACUGUAAAGAAACAUUCAAGCAAAGACCUGAUCUCAAGAUUAAUACCACACUCCGAGAGCUCGUAGAUCACUAUAAGAAGAAAACUCCUGAGAAAACAACUGAUGUUCUGUGUGACAUCUGUGAGGAAAGAAAGCUGAAAGCCCUGAAGUCGUGUCUGGUGUGUCAGAGCUCUUACUGUGAAACUCAUCUGGAGCAUCAUUUGAGAGUCACAGGCUUGAAGAAACACAAACUGAUGGAUCCUGUGAGUAAUCUGGAGGACUAUAUAUGUCAGAAACAUGAGAAACCUCUGGAUCUGUUCUGUAGAGAUGAUCAGACCAUCGUCUGUCUGUCCUGCACUGAUGGAGAUCACAAGAACCACAACACUGUGCCUUUAGAAGAGACUGAGUUGAUGAUCCAAGACACGCAGCAGAUGAUCCAGGACAGAAUCAAGAAGAUUCAAGACAUCAAACACUCAGCAGAAGUCAGAAAGAGAAGCACAGAGAAGGAGAAAGCGGCCCAUGUCGAGCUCUUCACUGAUCUCAUCCGCUCCAUUGAGAGACGUCAGACUGAUCUGCUGGAGAUGAUGGAGAAGCAGCAGAAAGCAGCAGAGAAACAGGAGCAAGAGCUGACUGAAGAGCUGGAGCAGGAGAUCACUGAGCUAAAGAUGAGAAACACUGAGCUGGAGCAGCUCUCACGGACUGAAGAUGUCAUACAGAUUUACUCAUCCCUGUGCAGACCUAGAAACACCAGGAACUGGCCUGAGAUCAGUUUGAAGACUUGUGAGAAUCUGGAGAGUCUGAAGAGAGCUCUGAACCAACUACAGCAAACUCUAGAUGAGAAACUUCAUCAAACAAAGCUGAAGUGGAUGCAGCAGUAUGCAGUGGAUGUGACUCUGGAUCCUGACACAGCUCAUCCUAAACUCAUUCUGUCUGAUGAUGGAAAACAAGUGAGACAUGGAGACAUUACACAGAAACUCCCAGACAAACCAGAGAGAUUUGAUUACUGUGUCUCUGUCCUGGGAAAGGAGGGAUUCUCCUCAGGGAGAUGUUAUUUUGAGGUGCAGGUGAAGGGAAAGACUGAUUGGGAUUUAGGAGUGGCCAGAGAAUCCAUUAUCAGGAAAGGAAAGAUCACACUGAGACCCAGUGAUGGAUACUGGACUGUGUGGCUGAGGAAUGGAGAUGAAUAUAAAGCCUGUGCUGGUCUUCCUGUCUCUCUGUCUCUGAGAGUGAAGCCGCAGCGGGUCGGUGUGUUUGUGGAUUAUGAGGAGGGUCUGGUCUCCUUUUAUGACGUGGAGUCCAGAUCUCAUAUCUACUCUUUCACUGGUCAGUCUUUCCCUGGGAAACUCUAUCCAUAUUUUAGCCCAUUCCUUAAUGAUGGAGGUAAAAACUCAAGCCCACUGAUCAUCACAGCUGUCAGUUAUAGUACAUGAAUUUAUACAUGAAAUAGGAUUACAAUGAUUUUUAUGAUUAAAAUAUUUUUUUUAUUAUUAUUAAAAAUCUGAAACACUUAAUAAUGUAUGUGCUGCUACUCAAGUGAUUAAUGUGGGUUUUUUUUUUUUUUUUUUCAUGGUAUAUUUUACAGUCAAAAUAAUGCUUGUCUAACAUGUUCAGUAAAUCAUUUUAAAUUUAUGUAUGGUCAUAGGUCUUUUAAAUAUUCUGGGGCACUUUUGUGGAAUAAGUUACCUUUGGAUAUUAAAGGUAUUUUGAAUAUGGUUAGCUUUAGUUUAAAAGCUAAAAGCUGGCUCUUAAGUAGGUUGUUUUGUUGAUGAAUUUGUAUUACGUACAUGGUUAUUUGUGACUGUAAAUUUAGUAAAUCUGUAAUUUUACUGUAAUUAUUGUAUUUACAAUGUAGUGCAGUGUAUCUGUUUUUUCUAAACAUUCUAGAAUUUGCUCCAAAUAUCAAACCUGUGUCAUAUCCUUAAAGUAAAAACAUAUGUUUAAAUAAUGUUUAUAUGUUGCUUUUGUCUGCUGAAUAGUGGAUUUGUAUUAUUCUUUGUAAAUAUGCUUUGAUAGAAAUAUAAAUAAAUAAACCACUUUUGUAAGACACAUUU